AUGUGCUCGACUAUCGUUGGCGGCAUGAAAGAACUCUUCAGACUCGGACCCGAGACGGUGUGUUUCAAACUCGCCGCAGCCUCGCGGCUCGCAGCGGGGGAGGAACAAGUCACCAAAGUCGAGGCAAAUGAUGGAGAGGAGGACGAUGAUAUCCAGUUAGCGGAUGAUGAGAUCGAUCGCCUCGGGGGGAACUUGCGUCUCCCCGGCGAAGUUCUCCGGCUGGCGCAUCUGGACAACGUGAGUGGAAGACUUGCUGUGAGAACCCGCAUUCAACUCGAUGGAGGCACCCUGUUUGGACCCUUCCGAGCGAGUCUGGUACCCCUCUCAGGAACCACUCAAACAACCACCGGCUCCACGGUCUGUGAUAUAGAAGUUGUCGUGGACGGAAAACCAAUGAAUCUCCGGGUUGACGAGGAGACCGGAGGCUGGCUGCGAUGCAUCCAGAUUCGCAACGAUCCCAACGCUGAGGAAGGCGAUGGAGCCUUCGCCAAUUGUCUCAUUGCUUACCAAGACGGUGAAGUAUGCUUGACUCUGACGGCAGACGUAGCGCCUGACGAGUCCCUCAUAGCGGACUUCAAGAUGGUAGGCUCGACCGCUACCAGGCCAGCGCCGAUAGAGCGCCUGUCGGCGGUUCCACUUGUGAAUCAGAAUGCAAAUAAGCGAGACAUCCCAAAAAGUUUCAAAGACGUAUCACGUUUCUUGAGAAAUGACAGUCCUUCAUUCCGCAGCUCCCCACGACCACCUCCAUCUCCAGAAUGCAUUCUUCGAGUCGACGGUGACGAAAGCGAAACUGUGGCGAAGACAUCCGUGGCGGCCGCUGCAACGGCGGCUGCGUCGAAAACAGUUCCUGAUAAACAACCAGCCUUCAAGUGCGGCAACUGUGGAAUCUGCUUCAGCAGUCCUCGCAAUCUCGCGGCUCAUACGUUUUACUACUGCACGCAGCGAUCCGAGCAGACCGCGAAACCGCCUGAAGGUCGCGGGUCACCGAGUCCACCGGCAGUUGCUGCUCAAAAUAAAUCCGAGAUGAUUCUGUCGGAGACUCCGGUGAGCAUCAAACGCUCUCUGAGUCCUUCGACGGAUGACGACAGACCGCAGUCGAAGAGCCCGAAAUCGGACCGAGUUUUUCAGUGUCCGUACUGCACGUACACCACUGAUCGGAAGGGCAGCCUCACGCGCCAUCUACGCGUGCACGUCGUCACGCCCGAAGACGUUGUGCCGCUCGUGACGCCCGCGUCGGCUCGCUACUGUGCCAACUGCGAUAUCCAGUUUACGUCCUUCAAAACAUACACGGUCCACAAGCAAUACUAUUGUAAUACCCGCUCGGUGCAGAAGCCCGCGAGUACCGGCGCCACAACCCCUUCACCUAGCGGUACUCCGAACAGCACCUCAACGAAAACAUCCGCUCUACCGUCGGUGACGCCCCAGCAGCUGGCGAACCAGCCAUUAUUCGCUGCCAUUUCAACGAACCCCCUGAUCCUAGUACCUUGUGCGUACGUUCCCGGGUCCGGUCUAGUACCAAUACAAGCAGGUGCCACCACGCCCGAUGGUACGCCAAUCACGUCUGGGGCAAUCCAGAUCGCAGCUGGAGCAGCGAUGAGCGGAGCGGUUUCGGUGGGCUCGCCGUCGCCUCGGCCCACAUCUGCCAGCCGGGACAAAGAAGAGAGCAUUUUGCCUGAUCGAUCAACUCCGAAAGAUUCUGACCACAGGCUGCUCCCGGAAAAGGAUUCGGGAGAGCUCAAGAAGGAGUUCGACUCUGCUCCUCUGGACCUUUCCACUACCCCCAAGAAGGAAAUCAGAGAAGACUCUAGCACCCCAGGAAGCAUCUGCGAUCUCUCGAUGGGCAGUCAGGAUGUCGACAUGGCCACGGAUCUCUCGAACAACAUUAAUGGCCAGAAGCAGGGCACAUUCCGCUGCGACGAAUGCAAUAUCAUGUUUUUCAAGUUGGAAAACUUCGCUGCGCACAAGCGACACUAUUGCGCCGGGCGUCAGCAGAAGUUGAGUGUAUCGAGUGACAACCACGAGGAUGAUGCAAAGAACGUUCUGUCGAAUAUGAAAGAUAACUUGGUGGCUUCCCACAAUCGAACUCCAUCACCGCGAUCCUCCUCUGAGCGUGUUUCGACCACUCCGAAGAGUGACUCUGAGAGGACUCCGACUCCGAGCGUGCAUUCCCUCGGUUCUCCGCAGCUCCCCACGGUCGGUUCCCAACCCGUGUUCCAAUUCUACUGCAUCGCCUGCGGGAUCAAGUUCACGUCACUCAACAACCUGCAGGCUCACCAAACCUAUUACUGUCCCAAACGCGAGGUGCUCCAAGGGACAGUUCGAGUGGGGGUCGUGUCUCGACCCGUGAUGGAGAUGCAGUGUCCGAAGUGUCGCAUCACUUACCCAAACGAGGACCAGCUAAAGGCCCAUGCGUGCUGUGCCCGUAAAUGUCCUUACUGCGAAGUGUACUGCUCCUCGCACUCCGCCGCCCAACGCCAUUUAGCAACCCACGCAGGAAUUAAAGCGUUCAAAUGUACUCUUUGCGGUUACAAAGGGCACACCCUGCGUGGCAUGCGGACCCACGUUCGCAUUCACGUGGAGAAGGGCGCUCUCAUACAGGAAGAGAACUUCAUCGUGUGCGUAGGCGAGAACGGUGAACCCAUACCGCCGCCUCCGUCUGGUGCCAACAUUAUGCAUUUCCUAGCGGCUAAGAGUCCUUCGUUGGACCCCUCGUCCGCUGCUACCGACCGGAGCUCCGAGCAGGCGUCUAGGGAAGACUCGCUCGAACAGCGUCUUCUCAGUGCGACGUCCGCUGGAGUUUGUCUUUCGCAAGGCGCUCUGGCCCUGUGCCAGAACCCUAAAAGUAACAGUAGUCCCACAGUCGUAUGCGAAAACGUGGGAGUCAACCCUCCUCCUCCCCCUUCUUCUGGCGCAUCCGCUGAUAGAGAGAGACUGAGUCCGACGAUGAGCAACAGCAAGGGUUCUCCUGCGUCAUCUUCGGCCGAUCCUGCAGGCAGUAGUCCUGAGUCGCCGGUCAAGCCUGAAAUGCACCACUGGUGCAACUUCUGCGGCUAUUCGUCAAGCUACAAGGGUAACGUGGUUCGCCAUAUCAAGCUCAUCCAUCGGGAUGUCUUAGCAGGGGGAUUGGCGGGACUUGGCCAGCAGCCCAAUCCAGCCCAGGUUCAGGCCCAGGCAGCGAUCGCAGCUGCCGCAGCGGCAGCUGCACAAAUUUCUGUCAUGAACGACUUGCUGAAUCGAAACAAUAACGAGCUCAUCAAGAAGAUCCGAGGAGACGUUGUCGAUGAGGAACGCGGGGUGAACUCUUCUUCUGCCCUGAACGCGGGAAGCCCCUCAGACGCCAGCAGUGAGCUCGGAUCCGCUCAAGAAAUCAAAUCAUCAUGCCCAGGGAGCGGGGGGAGCGAUGGCAACGAGAAAAGUCCGGGAGAUUCGAAUCCCAAUCUUUGUUCGGCUUGCGGCAUCUCGUUCAAUCACAAGUCGUCGUACGUUGCUCAUAAGCAGUUCUACUGCAAGGCCGCGCCAGGUCGCCAGGACACCAACGCGACCGAACCUAGUAGAGCCGAAACGCCUGUCUGUCAAGGAACUCCCUGCCAAACGGCUUCCGUAUAGACGCCGUGGGGCACGUCGGAAUCGUUCUGUGUAAAAUAAGACAAACUAGAGAGCUAAGCGAUGGGCGCUG